CUCUAAGUGGGGAAUGGCAAGCUUGGCUGAGAAAUUGCAGGGAAGGAUGGGAUGUGCUCAUCUCACCUGGAGAAGCUGCUACUGUUGCUGGAAACGCGUCCUAUCAAGUACCUAGCCCUUAGGAAACCGUCGCUCGAUAUUCUUUUUUUUUUUUUUCCUUUUCCAACUUUAGUCGAGUAGAAUCUGCCCUACUCUACCGCAAGUUCGAGAUACACUAUUGGCCAUCAUAGCUUUGAGCGCCAUCAACUUUACUUGUUUUUAGAUAUCCUUCUAUACCCCUUUCGUUUCAAUUAAUCGAUCUAAAUCUGCCUACUUCUUGUUGGCGCGGAUUACAUCAUUCUUCCGAUUUGUUUUGUGGCUUGAUCUAAAUUAUAAUCUAAAUCCCCCAAAUUCACCGCAAGGCUCGAGCUCUUAUCCAUUUUCCACAUUUCGCAAACUAAUAUCAAGCAAAAUGCGCUUCUCUACGACCUCGGCUGUCCUCAGCUUGCCGCUGUUGGCAGUAGCAGAUGUUCCUGAGUACCAAGCUCAGUUCGACAACUACCUAGGCCAAGCACAGAGCUUUCUAGGCAAGGUCGCCUCCAAGAUCCCUCAUCCUAAUAAAUAUGACCCCGUCGCUGCCGCCGAGGCCAAGGCUGGAUCUCUAAAUGUAGACAUUCUUGCCUUGGAUAACUGGAAACAGACCUUAUAUGCGCCCGUGAAGGAAGGGAGCACUACACCUGAGGAGUGGUGGGUCCUGAUCACUGGUGGAAACAAGACUUGCUUUGGCCACUGCGGUCCGAUCGAGACUGCCUUCAACGAGACCGCCGGAAAAUGGGCUGUUACGCCCGGUUCUCCGCACACCGCUAUCGUCAAUUGUGAGGACCAGCCUGUCCUUUGCAAUUCCUGGUCCGCUCCAGUCGGCGCUGUUUGGAUCUUCGAGAUACUUCCCGAGCCUGCACCCGUCGAUAUCUGGACGAAGCGAUUCAACAUGACAACCGUGACUUCCGAUGAUAUCGUCGCAUUGCAGAAGGAGGGCCACAAAUCCUCCACCAAAUUGCACGAUGGAUUCUUCCACCCUUUCAAUGGCCCUCUUGCCAAGAACGGUGUCGCAACUCCUGUCGGAUGGGUCCUAUGGGCUUUCAACCUUCUCCCUAGCUGGGCAUUCAUGGUCCUUGUUUCCAUCUUCAGCCGAACCAUGAUGUCCAACCGCAUGGCCGGUACAUCGGACAACCGACGACCUGCUGCUGCUGGCCAAGCCGCUCCCCGAAGAUAAUGAUUAUCAACCGAGGGGCUAACAUUGGGGUAUCUAUGGUACUGACGGGCUGGUCAUGUUGGGGGGAUAUGGGUGAUGUGCGGCUGGGUAUAGGGUUGCUCAAAAUCGCUCCACUUUGUUCCUUUUCAUAGAAUUAGGUAUUGGGUCGGAAUCACGUAGUUAGAUAAUGAUCUAAUGAGUUGGGUUUGCGUCGUGCAUUCAUGUUUUGCUUUCGCAUACGUCUUGGAUACGCUGUAGACCAUCGAGAACUUCGUUCUUUAAUUUGGGAUUGGCAAAUCGACCGUAUCGCAAGUCACUCAUGUUGCCCACAGCUUGUUUGAUAGAUUCGAGGAGACUGGCUUCUUCCUGCUCCAUGGUUUCUAUUUCCCGUUCUAUAUCGGUGAUUGCAUUGUCCAUGUCGGGUAGAAUGGUCUGGAGGGUGUGUCGCUUCGGCUGCAAUGUAUUGGAAGUAGAACCGAAUAACUGUCAAUUGAGUCAGAUGCCACGCCCCUAAA